UAUGAGUAAGGCUAACCCUAUUGAUCUACAAAUGGUUGGAAUUUUUUUUUUUUUUUCAUUUUCAGCACUUGACCCAGAAAAAUGGUUGGAAUUUAAGCUGCAAGAGACUGCAAGGGUCAGCCACAACACUCAGUUAUUCAGGUUCUCAUUUGAUCCUGCUGCCAAGUUGGGGCUUGAUAUUGCUUCAUGUAUUCUUACAAGGCGCCCGAUUGCAGAGGAAUCAGAAGGGAGAAGAAAAUAUGUUAUUCGCCCGUAUACGCCUAUAUCAGACCCAGAUUCAAAAGGCUAUUUUGAUCUUUUAAUUAAGGUUUAUUCUGAAUGGGAAGAUGAGCCAGCAUCUGCAAGUUUAAAGCCAGGUGAUGUUGUUGAAGUCAAAGGGCCAAUUGAAAAGCUCAGAUAUAGCCCAAAUAUGAAGAAGAAAAUUGGCAUGAUUGCAGGAGGCACAGGUAUCACACCAAUGCUGCAGGUUAUCAAGGCUAUUCUGAAGAAUCCUGAUGACAACACUCAGGUAUCAUUGCUGUAUGCUAACAUAUCACCAGAUGAUAUUUUGUUAAAAAGGGAGCUUGACAGACUCUCUGUUAGCUAUCCAAAUUUUAAGGUAUUUUAUACUGUGGACAAGCCAUCUAGUAACUGGAUUGGAGGUGCUGGGUAUAUAUCAAAGGACAUGAUUGCGAAAGGCUUGCCUGGUCCUGCAGAAGACAGUCUUAUACUUGUCUGUGGUCCCCCAGGAAUGAUGAAACACAUAUCUGGAGACAAGGCAAAAGACAGAUCACAAGGCGAGCUAACUGGUCUACUCAAGGAGGUUGGGUACACAGAACAGAUGGUAUACAAAUUUUGAGAGGAUUAAAGAAUGCAAGGCUGAUGACCUUGGCUAGAGAAAAUACAAUACUUGAGCUUUUUAUAACAUCUGUUGUAGGAGGCAAGAUGCAAGAUGCGGCAUUUCAGCCCAUCAAAUAAAAUUUCAGGUGCAUUAAGUUGAAACUAUGUGUCAACAUACACCAUAAAUUCAGUUUCAGAUCAGUCAACUCUCUGGAGCUUUGAAUUGCUUUACCAGCUGUUGGAACCUGAGCGCUUCUUGCUUUGCGUGAUGCUUUGACUGAUGGCUUCGUGUAUGUAUACUAAUGCAACCAUAAUUGUUGGGUAAA